AGUAAUCCUUUUUAUAUAUAUAUACGUCAUACCCUGAGAACCAAUCAAAAAAUACCUGUAUUAUAGCAAAGUUUCUGAUUGGUAUUUUUAAAUAACAUGGUCGACUGACUCCAGGUUCUCAAAGUUCUUCCUGAAACAUGUCACGCAGGAUUUUUAUUGAUACAUUAUUUUGUAUUUUAUUUAUUAAUAUAUUAAAAUACUAUCAUGCAGAGGCUAAUCCUACGGCAGAACAGAAAAAUGUGCUGCUACUUUUGGCUGAUGAUGCUGGCUUUGAAAUGAGAUCGUACUUAAAUAAAAUUUGUCAAUCACCCAAUUUAGAUUCCUUAGCAAAAGAAAGUUUGCUGUUUAAUAAUGCAUAUACUUCAGUCAGCAGCUGUUCUCCUAGUCGUGCUGCGUUAUUAACUGGGUUACCAAGUCAUGAAAAUGGAAUGUAUGGACUACAUCAUGGGGUCCAUCAUUUUAAUUCAUUUAAUAAUAUUCAAAGUUUGCCAAAAAUAUUACAAAAAAAUAAUAUUAGAACAGGUAUAAUUGGUAAAAAACAUGUAGGCCCAGGAAAUGUAUAUCCAUUUGAUUUUUCACAUACAGAAGAGAAUAAUGAUAUACUACAAGUAGGACGAAAUAUUACAAAAAUUAAACUAUUAGUUCGGGAGUUUCUUUCACAAAAUAAAACACAACCAUUUUUCUUAUAUAUUGCUUUUCAUGAUCCACAUCGAUGUGGUCAUACACACCCACAAUAUGGUAAUUUCUGUGAAAAGUUUGGUAAUGGAGAUGUUGGAAUGGGUACAAUUCCUGAUUGGCAUCCAAUAUAUUAUCAGUGGGAUCAGGUAAAAGUACCAUAUUUUGUUCAAGAUACUGAAGCUGCUAGAAGAGAUAUUGCUGCACAAUACACAACAAUUUCUCGUUUAGAUCAAGGUGUAGGCUUGGUUUUAGAUGAGCUUAAAAAUGCAGGUUUUAAAGAUAAUACUUUAAUACUUUAUACAUCUGAUAAUGGAAUUCCAUUUCCUAACGGUCGGACUAAUCUAUAUGAUUCUGGUAUGGCAGAACCUAUGAUGAUUUCAUCACCAAUCCAUAAAGAACGAAGAAAUCAAGUAACAUAUGCUAUGACAUCCUUACUGGAUGUAGUACCUACUUUGUUAGAUUGGUAUAAUAUAUCUUAUGAAAAUGAAGCACUAAAUAAAAAUGAAGUUUUUUUACCAAAUCUUACAGGCAGAUCUCUUCUUCCACUCCUUGUUAAAGAGCCACAGGAAGAGAGAUCAAUUUUUGCUAGUCAAACUCAUCAUGAAGUUACUAUGUACUAUCCUAUGCGUGUAAUUAGAACUAAACGCUAUAAAUUAAUACAUAAUUUGAAUUAUAAAAUGCCCUUCCCAAUCGAUCAGGAUUUAUAUGUAUCUCCAACUUUUGAGGAUCUCUUAAACAGAACAUAUAAUAAACAACCUCUUCCAUGGUAUAAAACAUUAAAGUCAUAUUAUCAAAGACCAGAAUGGGAACUAUAUAAUUUAAAAUAUGAUCCUGAAGAAAGAAACAAUAUAUUUUCAAAGCCAUCAAUGAAGAACAUAGUGAUUGAUUUACAAAAACAAUUAUUCAAUUGGCAAAAAGUUACUAAUGAUCCAUGGUUAUGUGUUCCACAUGGAGUCUUACAAAAUACUGGUAACCAUGUAAAUAAUCCACAGUGUAUGCCCUUAUAUAAUAUAGAUUAGGAGAUAUAAUCUUUUUUUUACUCAUUAAUUUUGUUAUAUUCUAAAUAAUAUAAUCUGAUAAGAUAGGAAGUUUAUUUCCUCUUUUUAUAUUUAUAUAUAUACAUAUUUACAAAUAUAUAAAUAUAUUAAAAAAUUUUGUUACAUCUUUCAGAUCUAUUUCAGCUUGUUUCCCCUCGCAUUAAUUUUGCUAUUCGUGACAGUGAAGCAUUUUUCAUAUCUUUUUCACGAUGUUUAAAAAGUAUUUCAUUUAAGUGAUGAACAUAUAUCGAUGAUUUAUUAGCAGUUUUUUC